AUGCCAAAAGAUAAAGUACAUGUAAAUUUAGUAGUAAUUGGUCAUGUUGAUUCAGGAAAAUCAACAACGACAGGCCAUUUGAUUUAUAAAUUAGGUGGAAUAGAUGAAAGAACAAUAAAGAAAUAUGAAGAAGAUGCAAAUAAAAUUGGAAAAGGAUCAUUUAAAUAUGCUUGGGUAUUAGAUAAUCUUAAAGAUGAAAGAGAAAGAGGAAUUACAAUAGAUAUUUCAUUAUGGAAAUUUGAAACUAAUAAAUAUUAUUAUACAGUAAUUGAUGCACCUGGACAUAGAGAUUUUAUAAAGAAUAUGAUAACAGGAACAACAUAAGCAGAUAUAGCUUUGUUAAUGAUUGCAUCUCCUGCAGGUGAAUUUGAAGCUGGUAUAUCUCAAAAUGGUUAAACCAAAGAACAUAUAUUAUUGGCUUAUACACUUGGAGUUAGAUAAUUAAUAUGUGCAAUAAACAAAAUGGAUGAUAAAUCAGUUAAUUAUUCAAAACCAAGAUAUGAUGAAAUUACUAAAGAAAUGAUAAUUUAUUUAAAGAAAGUAGGAUAUAAUCCAGAAAAUGUACCAUUUAUUCCUAUUUCUGGAUGGAAUGGUGAUAAUAUGUUAGAAAAAUCAAACAAUUUAUAAUGGUACAAUGGUCCUACUCUGCUUGAAGCAUUAGAUGCAAUAACACCACCAAAAAGACCAACAGAUAAACCAUUAAGACUUCCAUUAUAAGAUGUAUAUAAAAUAGGUGGAAUUGGAACAGUUCCAGUAGGAAGAGUUGAAACUGGAACAUUGAGGAAAGGUAUGGUUAUACAAUUUGCUCCAUCUGGAAUAACUACAGAAGUGAAAUCAGUAGAAAUGCAUCAUGAAGAUAUUCCAGAAGCUAUACCAGGAGAUAAUGUAGGUUUUAAUAUUAAAAGUGUACCUGUUAAAGAUUUAAAAAGAGGAUUUGUCGCUUCUGAUUCUAAAAAUGAUCCAGCAAGAGAAUGUACUUCUUUUAAUGCUUAAGUGAUUGUAAUUAAUCAUCCUGGAUAAAUUUAAAAUGGAUAUUGUCCUGUUUUAGAUUGUCAUACAGCACAUAUCGCAUGUAAAUUUGAUUAAAUUAUAUCCAAAAUUGAUAAAAGAACAGCUAAAGUUAUUGAAGAACAACCUAAAUUUAUUAAAGCUGGAGAUUCUGCUAUUAUUAAAUUAAUACCAACUAAACCUAUGUCUGUUGAAGUCUUUUCUGAAUAUCCUCCUUUAGGAAGAUUUGCUGUAAGAGAUAUGAAAUAAACUGUGGCUGUAGGUGUUAUUAAAUCUGUUGAAAAAAAAGAAAUUAAAAAAAAAUGAUAUUAGAAAUUAUUAUAUAUUUUUAAAUUAUUAUUCUAUUAAUUUUUUUUUAAAUUAUUUAUUNGUAAAUUUAGUAGUAAUUGGUCAUGUUGAUUCAGGAAAAUCAACAACGACAGGCCAUUUGAUUUAUAAAUUAGGUGGAAUAGAUGAAAGAACAAUAAAGAAAUAUGAAGAAGAUGCAAAUAAAAUUGGAAAAGGAUCAUUUAAAUAUGCUUGGGUAUUAGAUAAUCUUAAAGAUGAAAGAGAAAGAGGAAUUACAAUAGAUAUUUCAUUAUGGAAAUUUGAAACUAAUAAAUAUUAUUAUACAGUAAUUGAUGCACCUGGACAUAGAGAUUUUAUAAAGAAUAUGAUAACAGGAACAACAUAAGCAGAUAUAGCUUUGUUAAUGAUUGCAUCUCCUGCAGGUGAAUUUGAAGCUGGUAUAUCUCAAAAUGGUUAAACCAAAGAACAUAUAUUAUUGGCUUAUACACUUGGAGUUAGAUAAUUAAUAUGUGCAAUAAACAAAAUGGAUGAUAAAUCAGUUAAUUAUUCAAAACCAAGAUAUGAUGAAAUUACUAAAGAAAUGAUAAUUUAUUUAAAGAAAGUAGGAUAUAAUCCAGAAAAUGUACCAUUUAUUCCUAUUUCUGGAUGGAAUGGUGAUAAUAUGUUAGAAAAAUCAAACAAUUUAUAAUGGUACAAUGGUCCUACUCUGCUUGAAGCAUUAGAUGCAAUAACACCACCAAAAAGACCAACAGAUAAACCAUUAAGACUUCCAUUAUAAGAUGUAUAUAAAAUAGGUGGAAUUGGAACAGUUCCAGUAGGAAGAGUUGAAACUGGAACAUUGAGGAAAGGUAUGGUUAUACAAUUUGCUCCAUCUGGAAUAACUACAGAAGUGAAAUCAGUAGAAAUGCAUCAUGAAGAUAUUCCAGAAGCUAUACCAGGAGAUAAUGUAGGUUUUAAUAUUAAAAGUGUACCUGUUAAAGAUUUAAAAAGAGGAUUUGUCGCUUCUGAUUCUAAAAAUGAUCCAGCAAGAGAAUGUACUUCUUUUAAUGCUUAAGUGAUUGUAAUUAAUCAUCCUGGAUAAAUUUAAAAUGGAUAUUGUCCUGUUUUAGAUUGUCAUACAGCACAUAUCGCAUGUAAAUUUGAUUAAAUUAUAUCCAAAAUUGAUAAAAGAACAGCUAAAGUUAUUGAAGAACAACCUAAAUUUAUUAAAGCUGGAGAUUCUGCUAUUAUUAAAUUAAUACCAACUAAACCUAUGUCUGUUGAAGUCUUUUCUGAAUAUCCUCCUUUAGGAAGAUUUGCUGUAAGAGAUAUGAAAUAAACUGUGGCUGUAGGUGUUAUUAAAUCUGUUGAAAAAAAAGAAAUUAAAAAAAAAUGA